UAGCCCCUCCCCGAGCGGGGCAUAUCUGUGUGAGCCGUCCUGGGCCGGCUCAGAGUUCUCAGCUGGAUGGGACCACAGCUUCCCCGGCCCCAGACUCACUCACACACGCGCAGAGAGCAGAGACACAACGAGAGCCAGCCUGUGUGUGUGUGUGUGUGUGUGUGUGUGUGUGUGUGUGUUAUGAGUUUUUCUCACAUCAGUGUUCCUGUAGAGCUGUUGAUGAGGCAGGCCGGCUCAGCUCCAUCUCAUCUCAGUGAGGCGUCCCGAGGCGUUGGCAGGGGUCGAAGUGUGCGCGGCUUCUCGUGUGUUUGACUUUAUUUUGUCACUUUUGAACACUGGACCUGUACUGUAAGCAUUAUGACUCUUCUGGGCUCUGAGCACUCCAUACUCAUUCGAAGCAAGUUUAGAUCAGUCCUACAGUUAAGACUUCAGCAGAGGAGGACACGAGAGCAGCUGGCAGACCAAGGCAUCAUGCCUCACCCGGCCUCAGACGGCUCCUCUCUGGACGAUCAGAUGAGGCUAAAGCGAGUGCAGCUAGCCGAGGACCUGAACGAGAAGCUGGCUCUCAGGCCGGGGCCCCUGGAGCUGGUCCAAAAGAAUAUCAUUCCCCUAGACUCUGCCCUCACAAUGACAGUGAACCACGGAAAGUUCCCCAAGCAGGAGGACUCGUACGCGUUCGAGGAGGACAGCAGCAGUGAGAGUCUGUCUCCGGAGCAGCACCACAGCGAUGAGUCUCCGGGCUCGGCGUGUCCGUCGUCCGAGGCUGUGGGCAGCACGGCCUCCUCGUCCUCCUCGCCCGCCCUCACCAGCCCCCGACAGGGAGGUACGGGCCAAGACCCUCCUGAUCACAGCCACGAUGAAGGUCAGACUGCUGCCAACAACAACCAGGCCACUCCCCCAAUACCUGUUCCCGCUAUCGUCAAGUCAAAGACGUCUGACAAGAACCGGCACAAGAAGCCCAAAGAUGUGAAGCCGAAGGUGAAGAAGCUCAAGUACCAUCAGUACAUUCCGCCGGACCAGAAGGCGGAGAAGUCCCCUCCGCCCAUGGACUCGGCCUACGCCCGCCUGCUCCAGCAGCAGCAGCUCUUCCUGCAGCUGCAGAUCCUCAGCCAGCAGAAACACGCUCACACACAGUCCCAGCAGCAGCAGCAGCAGCAGCAGCAGCACACACACACUCCACACACACAAGCCCAUCAGAGACAGCCGGCGUUCAGCUACCAGCCCCACCCACAGAGCCAAACACACAAAGGCGUCAGUGAGCAGCUCUCAGUCUGCACCUCCAACGGUCCAUCGAGCCAAACAAACUGUAACUCCUCCUCCCCGGUGAAGAACUCCUAUCCAAACCAGAGCACCAUCUCUCCGGUCAAACCUGGGCCCCUGCCGGCGAAUCUGGACGACCUAAAGGUGUCAGAGCUCAGGCAGCACCUGCGUAUUCGGGGCAUGCCCGUCUCCGGCACAAAGACCGCCCUCAUCGAGAGGCUCCGACCCUUCAAAGACUCCAACGCCGGCUCCUCCCCGUCCGGCUCCUCCGACAUCACCACAGUCACCUUCCCCGUCACACCCACAGGCUCCCUAUCCUCCUACCAGUCUCCUUCCUCCUCCAGCGCUCUCUCCCAUGGGGGCUACUACCCGUACCCCAGCACCUCCUCCACCCCGCCCAUCUCCCCCGCCUCCUCCGAGCUCUCCCUCAGCGGCUCGCUCCCCGACAGCUUCAGCGACGUACCCAUGUCCUCGCCGACCCAGUUCAACCUGCAGCCGUCACCCGCCCAUCUCAGCAUGGAGGACGGCCUUGGGGGAUCGCAGAGGGUGGGGGAGGGCGGCGGUAUGGAGGGCAUGGAAGCAGAGAAAGAUAAAAUGCUGGUGGAGAAGCAGAAGGUGAUCGAGGAGCUGACGUGGAAGCUGCACCAAGAGCAGAGACAGGUUGAGGAGUUAAAGAUGCAGCUCCACAAGAGGAAACGCUGCUACGGAGCAACACAAGACACCGUCCCUCCUCCACCUCACCCUCCCCUGCACCACCAGCAGACUCCCCCCAUGAUGGGACAGCACUUCUUCGGGGUGACGAUCAAGCAGGAGCCCAUGUCUUUGUCCUCCAGCUGUCCUCUGUCCUCUCCAAAGCAGCUGAAGAGCUCACCUGGCAGCUGCAUGGAGGAGAUGGGACACUGCAGCGCCCCCCUCUCUGGUAUGGGGGGCCCCAGUGGACCGCAGUGUAUGGACACCACCCCGUCCACGGGCAGCCCCUCCACAAUGUCCGCUUUCCUGAGUCCACAGUGCUCUCCGCAGGACUCCCCCAUUGGAAAGCCUUCGGGAAGCCCCCAGCCGUCGUCUCCAAAUCACCCCUACAUGCUAACACCGUCGCUGGGGAGGGACGGCUGCCGUCACCCCCACCCGCAGGGCAACAACAGAGUACGCAACAUGCAGAUGCAGCAGAAAAACGGCGUUCUGCCGGUUAACUGUUCUUAUCCUUCCGACCAAAGAGGCCUUCAGGGAGUCUUUCCAAACUCUGCAGAGUGUGGUCACACUGGCUCAGUCAAGACCGAGAACCACAGCAUGCACCCAAAGAUGUCAGUAGUGCCCUCUCCUCGGCAUGUUGGCCUAAAGAGCCAGGCCCCCCCCCCAGCCGUCAGUAGCUCAGAUUCAGAUGACUUAAGACAGCCCCCAUGCUAUGAGGAUGCAGUCAAGCAGCAGCUGACCAGAAGUCAGCAGAUGGACGAGCUGCUGGACGUGCUCAUAGAGAGCGGAGAGAUGCCCGCUAACGCCCGAGAAGAGAGGGAGCGGUCCUCUGUAACCAAAGUUGUGCCUCACAUUAAUGUGUCCCCAGGGUGCCCCGGCCUCCUCAUCCCGAGGUUCCACCGACACUACGAGCACCUGAGCCCCUCCCAGCUGCCGUACGACCACGCAGCCAAUCACAUCGCAGAGAGCCACCUGGAGACUCUGCUGGGGAGUCCGAUCGCUCGGGGAGCGGAGGGUGUUCUCCUUAAAAUGGCUGCUGAGGACGGAGGGCAGGAGGACGAAGGGAACAGAGACGGCGAGGGUUACGGCAGCCCCCACAACCAUCACCGCCACCCGCACCACCCCCAACAGGACAAACUGAUGACCAACAGAGAGCUGAUGGACACGCCUCUGUCCCCAAUUAGCAUUAACACCAAGGUGUCCUGCGGCCCCGAGGUGCAGGGCAUGGUGAGCAUGACGUUCAACGAGACACCGUGGGAGACGAUGGAGUGGUUGGACCUGACCCCGCCCAGCUCGGCUACGGCCUUCAGCGUGGCUCCACCCACCGGGCCAAGCAUCUUCAACACAGAGUUCCUGGAUGUGACAGACAUUAACCUGAACUCUGCCAUGGACCUCCACCUGGAGCACUGGUGAACGCAACGCCCGCCAAGUACUAGCUAGCAUCAUGCUAACACCAGCCUGCGAGGAACAGUGCAAACUGCUCACUUCAGCUCCAACCAAACCAAAGAACUUCUGCCUUAACUGCUUCAGUCCGAACGCCAGAGUUUGCCUUUUGUAUGAAACAGUGGGACGUAAAUGAAGCAGACUGUCAGCCGACAUUAAGAGAUUGUGUGUGAUGUAAGAAAUGUAUCUACAGAGAAAUAGACAGAAUCCAAAGAAAAGAUUAAAACAACCUCUGUCCAUUUUUUUUUUACAUUUAUGCACAAAAACUGCCGACAAGUAUCUCAAAGCGAACACAGGAAGGGUUCAUGAUCGGGAUGUGACGAUACACGCAACGUGCGAUCUCAGACAAUAUAAACACAAAACAUCCCUUUUCCUUAUUUUCUUUAUAAACAUAGAUGUGAUACAGCGUCAGAGCAUCAAUCGCGAUGCGGUUAAGUGCCGAAGUUAAUGCCCUAGUUUUUUUAAUUCACAUGCGCGUGUCAUUUUGUUCCUUUCUGUACGUCUUUCUGCUCUCGCUGUGAUAAAGAAAUGACUCCUCUGUGCCUUCGAAUCUCUCAUUUCCCUAAAAAGAAAAACCUCGACCCGAUCAGUUGACGAGUCCAAAGUUAAAUCCAGCUAGUGUCCUCAAACGUUUCACUUUUACCGAUCCUUAUAGUCUUUCAAAAUAAAAGCACUACCAAAAAAUCUAAACAGGAAGUAUUAAGACAAUACAAAAUACAAAAAGCAUACUUUUUUAAAAAAAUAAAAAAAUUAUGGAUUGUAAACAUGGGAUUGAAAACAGACGGCUUUUAAAAGACCAUGAAUCAACUUUUUGACACCUUAGCUAAACGUGCAUAGGGCCCCAGACCAGUAGGGGGCCCCCUGAGGGCUCACAAACUUUAAACCACAUCAGCCGCCCAAAAUGUGCAAGUUUUGCAAUGACAGUAGGAAACCCUGCCCUGCUAAAUGUUGCAUGCAUUAUUUCUGUGAAAACCAAUGUUUUUCUAAAAAGUGAACAAAAGAAAAUAAAGACGAGUUAUCCGUCUAUAGGUGAGAAAACAGAAACAGGAAGCAGAGGGACGCUGGCAUAACAUCACGGAGAUAAAUGCAGGUUGUAGGGCCCCCUAAUUAUUUCUUGCUCUUUUCCCACAAGCUCCCUCUGCUGGUUAAAACAUUGUAUUGAAAUAUAUAUUUUUGUCAAACAGAUUAAAAUUGUCCAUAUUUGUAUCGAUGUAUUGAUUGUCCUGCGUGGUAUCGUUACAUCCCUGAUUAACAAGUUUAUGAAAGUAUGAUUACGUGCUUUAUUCCAACACUUUAUGCAAUAUCAGUGUUACACCACCUGGACUUGUGACAAUCAUUGUAUAUCCUCUGAGUUUGUAUUACUGGAAAAAACUAAAACAAAAGGAAAUACAAGGUGAAUUGGAUGCUUUGGCGGCCAUUUUGUAAAUAUAUGAACUCUUUGUACCGACAGAGACAUGAUGACGUCUGCAUAUUUUGUCAGCGGCGUGGGAGACGAAACGAACCACAAAUCCAAGUGUAAUAUGUAAUGGGAUUAUUAUCGAUGUAAAUAUGACACACUGUGCACCUCUACAUAAAAAACACUUUUGUCACAGUUUGCUUGAGAGUAGAAUUAUGUGUGUAGAAAUGUUUGUCUUUGCCUUUUUUCAUCUGUUCACUAUUUGGCGUUUUUUAAUCCACAGAAUGACGUAAUGGAGAGAAUUCAACUUUUAUUUUGAAAAUCUUUGGUCUUAUUGGUUUUAAUUACCAGGCAAAUAUCUGCAACAUAUUUUUAUGACAUGUUUAUGCUUCUUUCCCCUUUUACAAUUAGUUUACUAAUCCAAGACGCUCCGGCAUCAACUGGUUUUAUUUUAUUUGACCAAUCAUGAAAAAUACUCUUUUUUUGUACCCAGGCCAAUUAACUAUUUAUUUUGUGUUUUUAAUGUAUGCUUUAUCGUGUAUUUAUACUGACAUUCCUUUCUUAUAGAUUGGGGCUCUUUGAUUUACUGGAAACUUCCUGUGCAGUCGAUCUGACCGCAGAUAUUUCCCAGUAAAUUAAGUCUCUUAAAAAUGUGAUGAAACAUGAAGGAACCACUUUGAAAAGCCAUGUUUUCUUAUGUCAGUUCACCAUAUGAAGUGGAAAUGACCAUUAUGAGCACUUGUGAAUAGGAAAUGUAAUAUAUUCAGACCUCUACUGUGAAUACCGCGUAUGAGCACAGCCUAAACUUAGCGUACCAGAGCCAGCCUUUUUCACACAGAAGCUACACGAAAAAAAAAAAAAAGUCAGACUCUAAAAACCUUUAAAGUUUUAGUUUUAGUUUAGUUUUUGCUUUUCAAACUUUCUCAGGAGUCUGAGGAGAAUGACGCUGUCAUAUCUUUAAGCUAAACAUGUGGCUAAAGAUAGUAGUUAGCAGGGAGACAGCUAACUUCUAAAUCCGCGAACUAACAUAAGAUUACCCCUUUACCAUCACACCAGUUCCAGGGCUGGUUCAGAGUCUAAUCUAGCAUCAGUUAUUUGUGUUUCAACAUCUCUGGGCCAGAAAUAAAAACAGUCCCAGAGUAGCACCAACUCUUCGCUGGUCUACAAGAAAGAACGGCAUACAUCAGGGGUUGGGGGCGGGGUUAUCGUGACCUAAAUAGAAGCACGUAAAACUUGACUAUGACCAUCUCGUGAACAAACAUGCUAACGUUAAGAAUAAAAAUUCAGAAACUUUGUCAUCCCAGAUCUGACCCCAGAAAUAAGAGUUAUCCCGUUUUAAAACACUUCUGCGAGUUGAAUGCAUCAGUGGCAGGGAUGCAUCUCUUAGCGUAACACCGGUAUGCCAGCCGACCGGGGCGCCUGAACUUUGCAACGGCGAUGCACGUGUUGGAAGUGAUGGAGGAUGAGAACGCCACUCCACCAGCAAUACGUCUAACAUUAACAAUUUAACUCGUAUCGUAUGCCAAGGUCAGACUUCACGUUAUCAGCACGAUUUGAGCCCGAUCUGGCAGGUCACAAACAUAGACAAGCAAAGGACUAAUGAUGAAGUUAUUACUGGGAUAUGGAACUACGAGACAGAGGAAACAUUUGUUGAGCUUUGGCACCAGCAGAUUUUGGGGGUCAAUCGGUCAAGAUGAUUGGUCAGGUGCGACCGAGUAGUCUGUCAUGUGUGUCAGUCAAGUCACAGUACAAAUGUAUGGCAGUGACCAUCAUAACAGACAAAAGGAUGGUGUAGUCUGCCCUCAGCGUUAUACUUACGUUCAUGUUGGAAACAGGGAGAUAGCUAAACGACUAAAGCUAGCAGUUAGUUCAUCAUAAAUUCUUAUUGGAAACAGGGGGACGGCUAGCUUCUCAACCGGUAAGCUAACGUAAAACCAAAAUGAGCCCGUUCAAGGUUUUCUAGUUGGCAUCUUGUUAAGCCCUCACCAUAGCAACCUUAACGCGGCAAACGUUAGCUCAUCGGUUACCAGCACAAAUCAAAACACAUUUGACCUGCUUAAAUCCGGCAUCGCAGCACUCGUUAAAUAAAAACUGUUCAAACUUUGGUUCAAAUCACUUGUAAGACUUAUUUUGGUGGUGAUUUGUAUUAUCCUUGGAGACAGACUCGUCGUUUUCAGAGAACAUCUUUAAGCUAAAUUUUUUGGCUUCUAUGCAAACAGUGGCGUCGCCCCCUGCUGGCCAUGAGCCAGAAUACAGGUUUAAGAAGCUAUGUCCACCUCAUGUGUAGCCUAUUACCUGUCCUUAUUCUUAUCAGACAGAUUUGAGACAUAUUCUUUUAAAAUGUCAAACUAUUUCUUUAAUCGCGUUGACGAUUCUGUGUUUUGUUGAUGAUUCGCCCACCUUGUGUUGUUUUGACCAAAUAUUGUUUUGUAUCCUGCUUCUUAGGAAGAGUUCCACUUCUUUAAUGGGUUCAAUGGUUUCAUUCAGGAGAUUAAAACCAAUGUUAAGUAUAUGACAAAGCUGAUAUUCUCUAUUAGCCGUCUUCUGUUAAACAGAUUUGCCUUAUUUCUCCGGUUGGGUUCUUCCUGAUCUGACAGAAGCCUCCAUGUUGCUUGACCACUGACUUGCUUUACUUUUGUAAAAACAUAUCUGCCUGCCUCCGUGUAUACUACAGAAAGACGAGCAAUAAACGUAUCACAGCAAAGA